AUGGAUGUCGUAUCUCAUGCAGCAAAUGGUCCCGCAUUAAGCAUUUCGUCUGUCGGUGCAUCAUCAGUUAAUGGUGAAGUCAGCAAUAACAGCAUUUUCGAAGGCCAACAUUCUCAAGGAUCAAAUAUUGUUCUGCCAAUGAAUAUCAGUGUCAUCACUGAUGGAGUGGAAAAUAUCCAGGAAAAUGUUACGGAUAGCAGUAUCGAUGAGAACAACAUCCCUAAUCCCGAGGCUGAGGCCGCAACAGUUUCGCUUGACCGUGAUGACAGUCCAGAACCGUGCAGUGAAGGUACUUCGGGGGUUGAAUCUCCUCCCGUUGAAGGAGAUUCGAUCAUUCGCCUAAAAUUUCUCGAUGACACACAAAAAGAUGCUCGUGCCACCAUGACCGAUACCGUCGCGAAAUUUAAAAGUGUUCAUUUUGGCGAAGCAGUUGCUGCAGGCCGGGUUAUUCGUCUAAUUUAUCAAGGACAAUUACUUCGGGAGGAUUCGAGGACGUUGGCGUCCUACGGCCUCCGCGACGGUUGUGUAGUGCAUUGUCAUAUUAGCAAUACACCAUAUGCUAAGCAGGGGCAAUCAUCUUCACAGUCCGUUGUCAAUUCCUCAAAUAUUGGAAGUCGAGACACUAUACGUACAAAUCAGAGCUCGUCUGAUGUUGGGGUCAUUGAAAACGAAUUCCGUUAUCCUCGUUGGGCAAUGGGACUGCUGUUGCUAAGCUAUCGCUUCCCGAUAAUUGGUAUACCUCUGCACGCUAUGAUACGAUUUCUGUUUGAUCGGCAAUCGGAGGUUCUGGUUGCUGAACAACUGGGAGUAAUUCGCCGCGCUUAUCGCAGGUUUCUUAAUUCGAUAGUGGGAGACACUCAGGAAGUUCACGUGUCGCCUUUUGAUCGUGCAGCUGAUGCGGCUGCAAUGCUGUCACCACAACGACUGUGUCUUGGUGAUUACCUCUUGUGGAUAUUUGCGGGACAGUUCGUCGCGAUUUGGGGGUUCGUAUACGCCUUCCCACAGUUGUGCGAUAGCACCGCUCUAGGACUUCUUGUCUUGCUAACUCUUUACUUCUUUUUUGUUGUCUGCCGUAGCAGAGAUCAUUUUGUAGAGCCUUCUUUGAUAGACGAGAAUGCUUCUUCAUCUACUAAUGCUGGUCGGUGA